CUUCGACGUACAGUACGCAGAGCAAGCGACACAGCCGACAUCCGUCCCGAUAUAAACUCGUGACAAAGACUCCCAACAGACGGAAGCCUGCUCUUUCAGGACCUAUUUAUCCGUACCGCGAUUCGCUAUGUACGUGCCCUUCAUCUCGUCGCCAUCGAGCAAGCGCAACUUGUACCGAAGGAAAGGAGGGGGCGGGGGCGGCAAGGGCGGAGGGGGGAGCAGCGGAGGCAAAUCGGGAGGCAGCACCGGGUCGAGCGGCGGCUCGGGCUCGAGUGCAGGACGGACGUCGUCCGUGCCGUUGAGAGGCUCCGUCCCUGGUGGCAGGAGCACAGCGACUGCGUAUGGGAACGGGGGAGGGAGGGCGAUCACUAUACCCGCUGGUCAGCCGUUCGCCGGCAGGAGUGCUGGUGGGGCGACGAGGAACGAUAUCUAUGGGUCGAGGACGUAUGGCAGUGGAUACCCAGGCAUAGCGAGCCGCGGAGUCGGCGGCCUUGGUUUCCCUUUCUUCUUCUGGCCCGUAGUAUGGGGUGGAGGUUUGGGGUACGGCGCCGCAUACCUGCACGACCGUGAGUACGGCGACUCCAAUAACUCCUCCCGCCCAGGCGGACCUAUGUACGAAGCGACGCUCCCCUCCGCCUCGCAGAACACAACGCUGCAUAUCCUCGCCGACAACAGCACCGUCGUGUCCCUCCUCUCCUCCGUGCAGUCCAACUGCUCCUCCUACCUCACCUCCUCCAUUUCCCAGCCCGUGCCGUACAACGACUCCGACCCGAGCUCGCCACGGCCCGAGCAGGCGGUGCAGUACUACCGCGCGAGCAGCAUCGUGCUGACCCUGGAUGGGUACAACGACACCGCCGCGCUCAGCGGGGGCAACGAUACGCAGAGCCAGCAGGACCUGCCCAUCCCGGGGUGGGUGAACGGGACGUUCUUGGACUGCGUGAACCAGACGAUCGGGCUGGCUGCGCCGUUGAUUAGCGCGGGGGAACCGCGGUGGGCGGGGGCGAACCAGCAGGUUGUGGGCGUCGUUGGGAUGUGGUGGGUUUUGUGGACCUUGGCUCACGUUAUAUUUUGAGUGGAGAUGUGAGUAACAUUGUUCGCCUUUUCUCUGGAUCUCCCCGCCUGCAUUUCAGGUGCUUUCUUAAUGACCUCGCGAUGCUAUCUUAUGCCGGUACUCAUCGUACCCAUGUUCUAUUCACGAUUGCGGUUCUACUUCUGGAGUAUAAUGUACGUUUACCCGUUACUCUCGUACGUUUCUACUUAGUUACAGACUGUGCUCCAUAACGUAUAAUUGAGUAGGAGUUCAAUGUUACCCUCAACGUGACAUGCAUACCCGCGGUAUGCUCUGCCUUGC